AUGCACCCAACCCCGCAGGGAAAUGCAGUGUCACAGACCGUUAGCGGCCCGGUAUCGGACUUUGUAUUUCAGGUGCGGCUCACCGACGUGGUGGACCAGAAGGGGGCUGCUGAGAAGGAGAGGCUGCAGCUGGGGAAGCUGCAGCAGCAGGACAGUUUGAAAUUUCAGAUUAAGUUACAAAACAAGCCCGCUACAAGACGUGGUAUUCUGUCUGUUGUUAGCUCAGUUUAUGAUCCACUUGGUUUUCUAGCACCCGCCCUACUGCCAGCAAAACUUAUUCUAAGAGACUUAUGCAAAGAGAAAUUUGGGUUGGAUGAAGAAGUAGAAGUCAAACACAUUCAGAAAUGGAAAAAAUGGAUGGAUGAUUUGCAGUUACUUACAGACUACAAAGUGAACAGAUGCUUCAAACCUCCUGGGUUUGGAACCAUAAAGACAGCACAAAUGCACCAUUUUGCAGAUGCUAGUGAAGAUGGAUAUAGCACUGUCACUUACCUUGUCUUAACCAAUGAAGAGGGCCAAAGGCAUUGUUCAUUUCUGAUGGGCAAGUCAAGAGUUGCACCAUUGAAACAGGUCACGAUUCCAAGAUUGGAGCUGACUGCAGCCGUUGUGGCAGUUAAAAUGGACAAAAUGCUUAAAGGUGAGCUUCAAAUGCCCUUAGAAGAAUCUACAUUUUGGACUGACAGCACUACGGUGCUAAAAUACAUUUCAAAUGAAAGCACUCGGUUCAAGACCUUUGUUGCCAACAGAAUCUCCGUGAUCAGAGAUCAUUCACAGCCUUCACAGUGGAGGUAUGUCACAUCUGUCCUUAACCCGGCUGAUCAAGCAUCUAGAGGGCUAAGCAUAGAAAACUUUCUCAAAAGCACCAUAUGGUCACAAGCCCUGGUUUAUCAAGAAGCUAAAAAGACUCCUGAAAGAGAAAAAGAGAGCAAAUCCAGUGACAAAGAGUCUCUAAAGAAUGCACAGCAAGUGCUGAAGAAAAACCUGAGUGAAGGAAAGGAAACUUACAAAGAAAGAUGGUUUAUAAGACUUUUGGCAAUGAUUCCCCAAGGGGACUCCCCACCACCUGUGGCGAUUCUCCAUGGGGGACCACACCAGGAUGACUCAAAAAAGUCAAAAUUGGGCAUUUGUAUUCUAGACCCACUCAUUACAAGGAUUUUCCGUUAUAGCUUUAAAAGAAUUACUAUAACACGUGACUUGAACCAUGAUGACUUCAUGUACUACAUUCUCAGUGAUGGAAAGACCAAGGUGGAAUUAGUUCAGUAA